AUGACCAUCCACCCAUCGCAGGCGCUAUGCUCUCCAGCGCUCCGACUCGCUUCCGGGUCACUUUACCGUCCUCUCAUUCCACCCUUCUCACAUUGGACGCACCUGUCGGACGUCAUGCUCGGUCGCAACUGGUGUCCUCCCGUCUCAGUCCUCCUAGCGACGUACGACGAGAUCCAGCAAUGUCCGAUGACCGCCCGCGGCAACAAGGACGUCAUGCAUGCCGACUUCAUCGAGGUUCUCGAGCGCUAUCCUUUGACAGACGCCGACAAUGACACCAGCAUUCCGCUCGAAACCCGUCGCACCAACAACCGCUGCAUCUACAUGAAUUUCAAUCUGCUCUAUGACAGGCUUGCACCCGCGGUGCACAAGUACGAGACGUCGGGCGAGCGCAUCAAGCUCUUCAUGCCUCGACGCAAGGACAAGGGCGUCGCGCAGACAACGAACAAGGGCCCGAACGACCUUGUUGUCUGGCCUGCCAUGGGUCGCAGCGUUUAG